CCACUCAUUUUCCUUCUUAUAUACUCUCCCACUCCACAUACAAAACAAAAGCUAACGUCCAUUCGAUCUUUCCAACUUUCUUCAUUUGUUUUUCAGCGCCACCAUCCCCUCUACCAUAAACCACCACAACUUCCACCGCGGUGCGCCACCACAAUCACUAUAUAUCUUUCUUUAACUACUACUAGUUAUAGUCUCACAUCCUUGAUGGAAAAAUCAUAUGUACAACCUCAUGAUUUAAUGAACAUACAAUUAUCUUCUCAACUUCCACUCACCCCACCUAAAGAAAAUUCCAUUAGGCUCUUUGGAAAAGAAUUUUGUGGUAAUGAUCCAACCAUCAUUAUCACCAACGACUCAAGUUCACCCGCCACUGACAGUGUCACUGCUACUACUACUGCUGCUACUGUCACUGCUGCUACUGUCACUGCUACCACUACUACUGCUACUGCUGCUGCUAUUACUGCCAUUGCCAACGCCACCCUCAUCCACCAUGAAAACAAAGAAAGCCAUCGAAUUUUCGAGUGCAAUUAUUGCAGCCGAAACUUUUCAACAUCCCAAGCCCUCGGCGGCCAUCAAAAUGCACACCGAAGGGAACGAUUACACGCCAAACGUACUCACAUCCAAUCCUUCACGAUGAACAACAUCUCUUACCCAAACCACCACAACCGCCCCCUCACAACCACCACAUCACCACCCUAUCACCACCACUCAUCUAAUACUCGCAGCAUCAUUAACCACAACAACAGUAGUAAGUCGUUCUAUGGAGAGAAAGCAUCACACACCUCCCAUCAAACACCUAUCUACGGCAGGCCAUCGGGUGCAACGACGUUUCCCACGAGUGUGCAAAAUUUAACCGCAUUUAACCGCGGGUUACUGAACUAUGCCAACACUGGGUCUAGUUCUCGGAGUUUAUAUAUGCAUGAAUCAAAGCCUGUAAGCUUUACAGAUCAAGUCAGUUUAGAUCUGCAUCUGUAGUAUUAUUAUUGUCGUAACUUUUUAAGAUUCUGAAACCUUGCUAGAUGGACAGUUAGUUAUUAA